AUGCAACCAGGCCCGUCCCUUCACUUACAUCCGACUCAUCCGCACCCCUCUCCAUCCUUCCCAACCUUUUCCAGGGAAUGCCUGUCUCACCUGCUCUUAUGCUUCUCCGACCAUUCCCUUCUCGCCAUGCCACACCCCGCUGCAGUGCCCAUCCCUGCCUCUCUGCAACCACUACUCGAGUCACAUCUCCUCACUGCCAUCAGAGCCCUCCCUGCACUGUCUCCCGUAGACCCGGACUCUCUUAAAGCUGCUCAGAAGCAAUCAGGGGCUGUGCCAGUGGCUGUAGAUGCGCAUACAGCAGGAGGACGGUUCGUUGCAGGAGCAGUGCCGAUGCUGGAUGAGAGGGUGCAUGGAACAUCUACAUCGGCACUUGGAAUUGCACCUGGUGCUGCUGCUGCGGCUGUUGCUGCUGCAGUGCAUGCCCUGGUUACAGGGGAGGUUCACAUGACGGCUGCUCGCACUGUCCCCAUCCGCUUCCAUCAGAUCGACUCCCUGCUCAGCCUGCUGCGCUUGCGACUCAAGCCUUUAAAACGCUUCCACUUGCAUUUGGACAAGUGGACAGCAUUUGUCAACGAUGAGAAGACGCGCUCCUUCCUCGCCCUAGAAGGGACACGGGAGGGAGUGCCGGAGUUCACCUCUCUGGUUCAGUGCAUCGAUCAGGCGUAUGCCGUUCACGGCCUUCCUCCGUACUAUGAUAACCCACGCCCACACGUCUCCCUGCUCUGGGUUGCUGCACAAGCAGCGCUCAAGUCAUUUCUUGCAGCCCACGAGGACAUUUUGUCCUCUCUGCCCGUUCAGCUGCCCGAACCUAUCACUCUGGGGGAGGGGCCAGGCAUCGGCUUGGCUCGGGGCAGCCAGGUCGUAUCGCCGGGCUCUGAUUGGUCGCUGGGAGAUCUCGUGAAAUAUGGAGCUGACCACUCACAUGCCGCCACGAGUGUUGUGGUUCGGCUGAGAGAGGAGCUAGCACGAGUGACUUCUGUUCCCACCAUGAUCGCUGUUGAUGAGUUCAAUGCGUGGUUCACGUUCUCAGGGUUUUUUGAGUCCACAGGAGACAGAAGCCGGAGGCAGAUACAUGCUGGAGAGAUGCGCAUGGUCAACGCCUUUCGCUCUUUAGAAGCCACUGGCAUCAUGGCAGCUGCGUUCUCCGAGUCCAUAGCAGUGGGGAGGCUGCCUGCUGUGCUGCCGGGGGUGCCUAAGGGCGUGCGGCUGAACGUGCCGCGCUUCACUGUUGAUGAGACGCUUGCUCUGCUGCAGCACUACCAGAAGAGCUGCAAGCUGGGCCGUGUGACAGACGACGAGGAGGCUAUUAAAGAGGCUGCAGUGCGCGCAUGCAUGGUCACAGGGGGGAAUGCGGCGCAGCUUAGAAACAUUCGUCACGGGCAGGCAGUGCACAAUUUGGUGAUGGACACGGAGCAGUACAAGCUCGAAAAGUUUCUCGACUGCCCGCUCAGCACUCAGGGAUUUGAGCAGGUAGCAGAGCUGCGCAAGCAAGUAGCAGCUAACCCUCCUCCAGGCUUCCCUGCUGACCUGAUAGUCGUCUCCCCCCUGCUGCGCACACUGCAAACAGCAGAGGGCGCCUUUGGCCCCUCUCCACCCUCCACUCCUGAUUCCCCUUCCCCUCGUCUUUCCCUCCCUGCCCUAAUCAGCACACUGCAGACAGCAGCGGGCGCCUUCGUUUAUGGCGCGUACAAAAAUGACCCUUUCCCACCCUCCACUCUUGACCCCCCUUCCCCUCGUCUUUUCCCUCCCUGCCCUAAGCAGCACACUGCAAACAGCACGGGAACCAAUGGGGUGGAAGCGGUCGUACCUGCCACUGUUGUGACGGCUGCUGUAACACUUGAAGGUGGUAACCAGGUUACCACCACGCUGCCAGCACACAUUUUGGCGAACGAGCUUUGCAGAGAAACGCUGCAUGUGCAUGUGUGCGACAAGCGCCGGCCAAUCAGAGAGAAGAAGGACCUCUUCCCCUCUGUGGACUUCAGUCAGAUCAUGGAUGACGAGGAUGCGCUGUGGAAGGUGGAGCCCAGGGAGACUCGCGAGGAGAUUGCACAACGAGCUACUGAUCUCGCCGCAUGGCUGCUUGGACUCAAGGAACAAUCCAUAGCAGUUGUUUCGCACAGCGGUUUUCUCCAUGCCUUCGCCACUGUUGGCCUGCCCGCACAUCUACGGCCCGAGAACAAGCUCGUCUAUUUUGAGAACUGCCGGCUACGCUCGUACAUCCUUUCGGCAGAAGACUGA